GUAGUGAAUUUUUCCGGGAGUAUUGCAUGUUUAAUAAUUUUUCGUAGUCGCAAACGAGGGAUUAUGGGCAUUAAUUGUCUUUCAGAGAGUAAUAUAAAAUGAUUACUGCCAAAUCUCGUUGUAAAUUUUGUACUGUGAAAUCACGUGCAUAUUAAUUAUUGAUUUAUAAAUACGUCUACCAUGCAGAUGGAGAUUAUUCUGGCUGAUCUCGGGGAAAAGGUGCCGUAUCUUCAGUGUCUACUUCGACCGGAAUAUGCAUCAUAUUUCAGCACAAUAGGUACUGUGCUUCUUGGGUGGAUAGUAGUGAGCUGGUUCAUAAAUCUCAUCUGGACUUUUCUGGCUCCACUGACCAUCAGCCUUCUCGGAGUCAUCAUCAUUUGUCCAGCUACCGCCAAAUGGAUGUUGAAACAAUUGGGACCGACAGUUGAAAGUGCACUCAAGGAAUUCUUCACGAGAAUUCAAUCAUCGUUAUCUGAAGGGUGAUAAAACACAACAUCGCACAUCCGUAUGUGUUACUGACAAAAAAAUUGAUAUGUUCCUCUAAGAUUUUUACCCAAUGACUCUGACUUUGAUGAAUCGAAACAUCACCAAUCGCUCUCGCAAUAAAAUUUCUA